UUUCCCUUCAGACCGUAAAACCGGUUCUGAGGCGCAGCGGCGGAGGAGCAGCUCUGACCGGCAGCAGGUCGCAGGAAGCGGCCCGGAUGUAGCGGAGCUGUCCGGUUUUCAUUCCGGUUGUUGGGUUUAUUUUUACUCAUUUUUUAGCGGCUGUUUUUUUCCUUUCUUUCUCUCUUUUUUGCGGGUUUUUUCCUGGCGGAAUGUGCGGCUCCUCCUCGGCUGCUCCUCCAACUUUGUGAAUCUGAGCUCUGAUGGUGAAGAGGCGCCGCAGAGGAUGGGAGUAACCAGCUGGUCCUCCAGAUGCCUCGCUCUGCUGCUCGCGCUCCACAUAGUCUCGGUGUUGCAGACGGUGCUGGUCAGUGCUGGUCAAUGUGACUCGGUGUUUAAAGGUUUCUCAGACUGUCUGAUUCAGUUGGGGGACGACAUGGCCAACUAUCCCCAGGACCUGGACGACAGGGAGAACCUGCACAAGAUCUGCACCUACUGGGAUAACUUCCACUCCUGUGCCACGACGGCGCUGGCCGACUGCCAGGAGGGAGCGACGGACCUCUGGGACAAACUGAAAAAGGAGUCCCGCAACCUGAAUUUCCGUGGGAGUUUGUUUGAACUCUGUGGCGGCGGCAACGGAGCCCCCAGAUCCGCCGACGCCCGGGGCCUGGUCCUGGUUCUGACCACGCUGCCCACCGUACUGACUUGGCUGGCGUUUUAACGGAAACGAGGAAAAACACGUAGAAACACGAAACGACGGGAAGUUUAAAAAAAAAAAAAACGGGGGGAAAAUCCAUGUGAAAAAAUAUAAAAUAUAAAAAGAGUGAUAGCUGCUCUUAGAUACUGAAACUACAACUUCAAGGAGUUUGAAUUCAUCACGAGAAAAGAAAAAAGAAAAAAAAUCACCCGGAAUGGAUUUCUACUGCGACAUCACUGUACAGCGGCCUGGCUUGCCUUCCUGGGACUCUGCUGGCCGUCCUCCCGGAGCGCUCAUCCAAUCGCACGCUGACCUGCCCUGGAGGUCGAUCACAUGAAAUAUUCAAGACGCAGCCGGCGAGCUGAAACGAUGACAAUGAUGAAACUUUGAUGGAUUCUUGCCCACUUACAAUCGUGGAAUUACACAGUAUUAAAGUCAACCAUGAAUUAUUGAUGUUUAGUAGGCUAGGUCCAGACAGCGCUAUGUGACUGCAGGGUGCUGACACAGUGUCAGGCUGUACGUUAGGGUUCCUAUAUAGUCUACGGCAUGCUAUACAGGAACCCUAAUAUGCAUAUAUAUAGCCUACGGUACGUAUACACGUAUAACGACAGGCCCAGCUUAACGCCACAAAAUCAAUAAGACAAGCUGAGGCCUCCAGCCCGUUAGCCUAUAUGCAUAUAUUAGGGUUCCCAUAUAGUCUAUGGUAUGUGCAUAUCUACCAUAACCUAUGUGUAUAUGUACCCUAAUAGUCUAUGGGCAAGCUGAGGCCUCCAUCCUGGUAGGCUAUAUAUGUAUAUUAGGGUUCCCAUAUAGCCUACAGUAUGUAUGUAUGUACCAUGGACUACAUUGGGUUACAUGGGGCUACGUUUAUAUGUACUGUAGGCUACAUGGGAGCCCUAAGAUACAUACAUAGCCUACAGUACGUAUACACGUGUAACACCAGGACAAGCUUCAUGCUACCAAGUCAAUAAGACAAGCCAAGGCCUCGAAACCAUCAGGGUUCCAAUACAGCCUUUGGUACGGAAGACUGUAUGGGAACCCUAAUAUAUCUAUGUGUUUACGUAUCCAUAGCCUACAUGUAUACGUAUAUGUAUACUGUAGGUUAUAUGGGAACCCGAAUAUAUCUAUGUGUAUACGUAUCCAUAGCCUACAUGCAUACGUACAUGUAUACGUACUGUAGGUUGUAUGGGAAUCCUAAUAUACAUAAUUAGCCUAUGGUACAUAUAGAUGUGUAAUGCCAGGCCCAGCUUCACUCCACAAAAUCAAUAAGACAAGCCAAGGCCUUGAGCCUGGUAGGCUAUAUAGGCAAAGUAGGGUUCCCAUACAGCCAUGGUACAUGUAUACAUACCCAUAUAGCCAAUAGACAAGCUGAGGAUUCAAGUCUGUUAGGCUAUAUAUGUAUAUCAGGGUUCCCAUUUAGGCUAGGGUAGACUAUAUAGGAACUCUAACAUACAUAUAUAGCCUACGUACAUAUAUACGUGUAACGCCAGGCCCAGCUUAAUGCCACAAAAUCAGUAAGACAAGCCGAGACAUGGAGCCCGUUUCAGACCCGUCGCCUCAUUUCCAUCAUGGACAGUUUUUCCUUUUUUACGACGCCAAGUUGAGUGUGGUAGAUCUGAUGGACUGAAUGCCUGAUCGUGAUGUAAUAUUUGUACUUGUAUUGGCUAUUUAUUGUGCUCGGGCCACGGUCACACCAGCUCCAUUCAUGAAGGAAGUGGCUGGAACCGGCAGCAAAGCCAGUUUUGUAAAACGUCGUCCCGUCAAGGUCGGCGUUCAGGAGGCAAAGCUAUUUUAGUAUUGACCUGUGACCCAUGCAGCAUGGCUUGCAGUCAGUCGUGAGUCUUAAAUUUAUAGUGUUUUGUUUCUCGAGCUGGCCAGCUUGCUACCACUUAUAAAAAUCAACGCCACGUGAAGAAAUUCUGGCUGUGUCAGUUCCUGGUGUGACCGUAGCCUUUUUCCCCCACCAAACAUUGAGGUGCAGGGAUGUAGUUGAGUAUAAAGCCUGCUUUUCUAGACUGACGUUAACCUGCAUGAUAUCAGUUCAGAGAGUCUCAAACAUUUCAGGAAAUGGGCACAAACUCCGAUGUGUUGACAGAUUCACAUUAGCUCGAGGCUAGCCAAACAAACUCCAGAUAAUUUUAACCCCAAAUUUUGUCCACUCCAGCAAAUUAUGCUCACCCGAGUCACAAAUCUCCUUUUGUAAAUAGAUAGCUGGGUUUUAGUUUACAGUUCAGCAUGGCUAACACAUUAGCUACUAAAAUAGAUUGUUUUAUCUUAGCAACCAAAACAAACUAGGUCAUGUUGGCUAACUGUGUGGUUUAACUGUUAAACUGAUUGAAUGUGAUUAGCUUAAAGAUCAUGGUGCUAAACAGUUUAGCCGCGAAAACAGACUGAACUAGUUAAUUCAAAGGCCCAGUUUGGUGUUCAAAUUAAGAGUCUAGAUGCUAAAAGAGACGAUACUUGUGUUGACAGCUAAUAACCAUUUGGUUUGCGAUUAAAAACAGAUUACCAUUUUAGCUAACAGUAUGGGAAAAUGACUAAAGCGUAACCAGGUUAGCUCAGAGCUAGCUAAUAACGUAAAGUAGUUUGAAAACACGCCAGAUCAGGUUAGCUAACUGUUCAGUUAAGCAGUUACGCAGAUUGAGCCACCUGGGCUAAAAUCGGCGUUGAAACCAACGGGUUUCAACGCCGAGAAAAUGAAGCCCGGAUUUUGCUACUUCCUGGACGUCAUUUUGGAUUUUUUGGAGCCAGUGACGUAAAAAGCGUCAUCAAACAGGCUGGACCGGAGAGCAACUAGGGGCAGGACCAGUCUAUGGGCGGGCCAGACUGAAGCCAGACUGCUGAAAGCCUUACCCUAAAGUCAAUCAUUCCAGACAAGACUGUCUAUCCAGUAUAGCCACGCCCCCUGGUUCCGCCAACUUUAACGAUUUAUUUAAAAUUCAGUAUUGAUUUAUUUUAAGAUCGGCCACCUGAUCUCUCAUUUUGACCAUGAAAACUAACGGGAAAAACAUCCUGAGCUGUAGAACAUCAGUCUAUCAAAUUUUAUUUUUUCCAGUGAUGAAUUGGGGUCUAUGGAGAAAAGGCUUUUUGGAGCCAACCCUAGUGGACGGUGUGAUAUUGCAAGUUUUUGACAUUUCCGGGUGGGCUUCAUUUUUGGAGCCAGAUGCUACGUCCAUCUUUAUAUACAAUCUAUGGCUAAAAUAAACAGUUAAGCAGCUAAAUUUAACAAACUAACAAGCAGCUAAAGUAGAACCAGCUUGUUUAGCUAACAAGUUAGUGGUUAGCAGUUUAUUUUAGAGUAUAAUUCAGAUUGUGUUUGUGUUGGUGGGAUUGUGUCAGGUUAGCCAGCCAUGUGGUUAGCAGCUAAAACACAUUAGGUCAGGUUAGCUAACAUAUCAGGAAGCAACUAAAAUAUGAACACAUUACAGCAAGUAUACUGAAUCUGGUUAGUUAACAGCUAAGUUUAAAUCGGUUGAAUCAAGUUAGCCAACAGUUCAGUUCAGCAGCUACAACAAAGAAUGUGAUAGCUUAGCUUACAGUUUUGUUUGGAUGAGAUCAAGGCAGGUUCACCAACAGUUCAGUUUAGAGACUAAAACAGAGAAUGUGGUGUUGGCAGCAAAAUAUGACUGUGCCAAGUUAGGUAACCGUUUGGCUAGCUUUUAGAAAUGUAUUAGGUUAGGUAAGCAAACAAUUUGAUUCACAGUUAAAUCUUAUUUGGCUGGGUUUGCUAAAUAUUUGGUUAGCAGCUAAAAUGUAUAAGACGGGGUUAGUCAACAAUUUGGUUAACAGAUAAAAUGCAUUAGACAUGGUUUAGCUCACAGUUUGGUUAGCAGCUAAAAUGUAUUAGACAUGGUUUAGCUAAAUAUUUGGUUAGCAGCUAAAACAUAUCAAGUCAAGUUAUCCAACAAUUUGGUUAGCAACUAAAACAAUUUAAGUCAGGUUAGCCAACAAUUUGAUUAUCAGUUAAAGGGAAGCCAACAAUUUGGCUAGCAGCUAAAAAAUAUUGGAAGCAGUUAAAUUAGGUCAGACUAGCUGACAGAUUAGCAGCUAAACCAGAUUUAAUAUUUGUUUGGUACACUCUUCCUUUCAGAUAGGAUUGUGAUUUGAUUCUAAAAAUUUCUACUCAAGUGGAAUAUUGGUUCUUAAUUACACUCAGAUUUAAGCUAAAAGUAUUUUAGAAAAAAUCCAUUCUGUCUUUUCUUCUUGAAUCAGUUUUUCUGUUUAGACGUCGCGCCCAUUUCCUGAAAUCCAGACGAGAACAAGUUAAAUUUCAGAGUAAAACUGAUGGGAACUCUUUAAGUACUUUUUGGACGUGAAAGUAGCAGAACUUUAAAAUGAACUUUAGUUGAUGUUGGCGGUAAAUCUCCACUGUCCUCCAGUCAUGUACGUCGCUGCUCAGCAGAACCAUGUGUUAGAAUGAGUCUGUGCGCUAAACGGUUAACGAGAAAUGAUGUAUUGAAAAGCCGACAGCAAUACGAAGAUGUGACUUCAUGGCCAGUGUAGCUAAAAAAAAUAAAUCAAACCGUGGCUGAAGAGUGAUAUGACUGUUGCCAUUUAGCACAUCCCCCCUUUUCAUAGCAGUGAUUCAUACUAGACGAGUUUAGGUGAUAUAUUUUAGGUCUGUAUGUUAGAAUAAAAAGCCCAACGAUACGGUAGCAUCAUAAAAUACAGUAAGUAAAUCCAGAGAGGUCGUUUGUUUGUUUGCCGAGGCACCGACGACGUUUCCACUGCCUUCUGACAAAAGACGUGUAACUUCUGUUCGUUUGUUUGUUGGUUUGUCUCUUUGUUUGUUUAUGGGGAUGUUGCGUAACAAAAAGAGUUUAAAAAAAAGAAGAAGAAAAUAUUCAGAAAAUCAUUUAACAAGAGAAUAUGUAUAUGAAGAGGAUUUUGAGAAAAUAAAAAUAUAAAGAGGCUCUAUUAUAGACACAGUUUUAACACCAGAUUGAUACUUUACAGAUUAUAGGCCUACUGAGAUAUAAAAAAGAAAUACAAGAUUGCUAAAAUGACAAAGAGUAAUAAAUAAAAAAGACUAAUGUUUGAAAAUAA